AUGUCCGAAUUAUUCCAGACCUAUGAGUCUGAGUACGAAUUGGCCCACCAAGAGGCGGAACAGAAGUUGAGCCAGAUUAGCGAUCUAGCUGGGGAUAAGCGUCGCACUGCGAUGAGGGAUGUUGAAAGAGCCACUGAUGAGUGCUUAGAAAUUUUGGACCAAAUGAACCUCGAGAUCCAGAACAUGUCCACGAACGAAAGAUCCUCAUACAACGCCAAGUUGAGAACGUACAAGGCUACGGUAGACAAAUCGAAGAAGCAGUUGAAGUUUCUCCAGGACAACACGAACCGUGACGAGUUGUUUCUGGGCCGCACACAGGAAAGCUCCGACCCCAGCUCGCAUGACUACCAACGCCAGCAGUUGUUGAAGAACAAUGCUUCCUUGGAGAGAUCCUCCGACCGCUUGAGAGACUCGCAGCGCGUGGCAUUGGAGACGGAGGAAAUCGGGUCCUCGAUCUUGAACGACCUCCGUGGACAGAGGGAGCAGUUGGUGAAUUCCAGGAACCAGUUGAUAGAUGCAGACGGGUAUGUUGACAAGAGUAUUAGAACGUUGCGGUCCAUGACCAGACGUUUAGCUGCAAAUAAGUUAAUCAGUUACGCCAUUAUCGCUGUGUUGGUGAUUUUGAUUUUGCUUGUUAUCGCCAGCAAGUUUACCUAA